AUGUCAAAGCUUUCCACUUCUUCUUCAAACUCCCCUGCCAUUUCCAGCUCCAAGACCAAUACCAAUACCAAUACCAACACCAACACUAAUGCCACCUCCAACCAAUCUCCAAACCCUGUCUCGAUUCCAGCCUCAUCUCCCACUAAAACCCAAAAUUCACUCCAAGUUAACAACUCAAAUUCCACUUCUCCCUCCAAUUCCCUGGCCUUGAAAGACCAAGACAUAAAAACUAUCGGCUGGUCUUUCAUAAGCCAUUACUACUCGAAAUUUACAAACAACUUGAGUCAAAUCUAUAGAUUAUAUUCUUCAAAUGCAAUUGUAACUCAUGACGACUUGAACUACUUGUUCAACCAAUUUCUCAACAUCAAUAUCAACAACAUCAAUCUUGCCACUAUUGAUUUCAAUCAACAAGAUUUGAAUCUAAUCGAAGCAAAAGGCACAAACCAAAUUAAAAAAAUCUUCAAUUCCCUACUCAAAAACCAGGACAACCAAUCUAAAUCAAUUCCAAAAUCCACCGCAGAUAACGAUCAUGAUAACGAUAAUGAUAAUCACAACGAGAACCAUAAUAAUGAUAAAAAUAUUCCAAUCCAAGAAGACAUCUUCAAAAUCAUGAUCUCCUUAGCUGAUAUUCAAAAAUUACAAAUCAAUUCAAAUAACAACUUAAAUCACAUCCUAAUCAAUGUUAUCGGUGAACUAGCAAAAUUAGAUUCUCCUGCUUUUAGAUUCACUCAAACUUUUAUAAUUUCAAAUUCAAUCUCAAAUCCAGCUGUCUAUGAUAUCACCAACGACAUCUUACGUUUAUUAUCUCCUUUCGACGACGACGACUACCAAUCUCAACUCCAACAAGACAAUCAAGUUGAAAAACAAGUCACUCCAUCCCAACCUGCUCUUUCUUCUCCUUCUUCUUCAGCUGCUCCCACUGUUUCCACAACUGCCUCUCCUGCACUAUCUGAAACUUUCUCAACCUCGCUCUUAGAACCUUCUACUACACAAUCUGAACUCUCAUCUACUUCUCCCGCAAUUCUCACCUCCAUUCAACAAAAUCCCUUACCAAUCAAACAACAAAAAUCUGACUCCACCAUUAAAUUACCUGAAUCUCCUAGCCCACUCAAAGGAUCUCUUAAUGUUGAAAAUCAGAAAUCUCAAGUUCAACCAAAAGAUAAAUCGAUUGAACUAAAAGAAAAUGCCAUCAAACCCAUUGAAGCCACUAAACAAGAAGUCGUUAAACAAGAAGUUGCUAAACAAGAAGUUGCUAAACAAGAAGUUGCUAAACAAGAAGUCCCUAAACAAGAAGUUAAUUCUAAACCAAAAUCACUCUCUGCUCCUGUUGUUUCAGAAUCUCAAAACACUAAAUCUAUUGAGUCUCCUCCUACUAAAACUGAUAAAACUGAUAAAAUUAUAGCUGAAAAAUCAAAAGAACUUGAAACCUCCAAAGAAGCAUCUAAACCUCAAGAAAAACCAAAGAAUAUCCCAGCUCCUCAAUCUAAAAAGACUGAAGCUAAAAAGGAUGAACAAGUUACCGAAAAACAAAAGCCUAAACCUAAAUCUAAACCAGAAUCUAAACCAGAAUCUGUCAAAUCUUUUGCUACUGCUUCUCCAAUUUCCAAUAAAGUUGAACCAGUCUCAUCAACUCCUGCUUCUGCUACUGUCUCUGCUCCUGUUCCUGCCCCUGUUAAACCAAAACCAAAACCAAAACCAAGUUCUUGGGCUGCAGCAGCUAUGUUAGGCACUGAAAAGAAAGAAACCGUUUCCUCAACUAUUAAAAAAACAAAACCAAGAUCUGUUUCUUCUUUGAUCUCAGCUUCUCUAGCUACUAAUGCUGCUUCUGCUGUUGCAUCUGUUGAUCCAAAAAUUAAACCUUCUGAAUCAACAACCACUAAACCAUUUUCUUCUGUCGCUCCAAUUAUAAACUCUGAUCAAGUUGUUAAAGCUCGUAAAAUUAAGAAAGAUGAAGUAUACCCUGUUUAUAUUCGUGGCUUAUCUGUCAAGGUUUCAAGCAUUGACUUGACAAAAUGUCUCGAAACUAAUUUUGGUAAAGUUCAUUCUUGUGUUGUUAAAAACUUUAUUGCUCUAGUUGAUUUUGUUUCUGCUUCUGCUCAAGAAAAGGCUUUAAGUGCAAAGGUUUUAAAAAUUUCUGGCAAUUGUAUUAUUGAGAUUCAACCAAGAACUAAAAAGGGCGAUCACGAUAGGGCUGAGAGAGAAAAAAGAGAGGCUAGAGAACAAAAGGAAAAGGAUUUUAAAUCAAAUGGCGAAUCAAGUAGAAAAUUUAUCAAUGGUAGAGGAAAAUUAAAUGGGGAAUAUAGACCAAAACCAAGACCUGCUAAUAUUCAUUAUAAUCGUAAUUAA